CAGCAUCGCCAACAGGACUCUCUGCAGGUUGUUCAGAACAAAACAAAUAGUUUUUGGGUUCAGGAAAAGUCUGAGAAAAGCUGAAGGAGAGUGAACAAAGACUGAACUGUGCAGAAAUGACAGCUGUGAUCGGACUGUUGCUGAUGUUGUUCUCAGUCACUGAUGGUGUGGUGACUCACUGUGAUGGCAGACAGAAUGGAGCUCAGUGUUAUGGAGCUUUGGGAGGAUCUGUUUCUAUCAAGAUGAUGGACGACUUCUCAGAAAUACAUAGAUAUAACUUGUACAAGAACAAAACUGUUGUAAUGUUAGGAGGAAAAGAUAAAAAACCUGAUUCUAUAAUGAACAACAAAUAUUCAUUUAUUCCCUCUAAUGGAACAUUUUGGAUCAACAAUCUGAGCAGGAAUGACAGUGAUGAAUAUAGACUUAGAACAUUGGAUACAAAUGGAAAACUGACAUCAAUCCACUCUCUUCAGUUAUCAGUUCAAGCUCCUGUGUCCUCCGUCUCUCUGGUCUCUGAGUGUUUGUCUCAGGGAGAGAUGAAGGUGUCCUGCUCCUCUGAGGGAGGGGACAGUCCUCAGUACAGGUGGACUCUGAAUGGAAAGUCACUGACAGAAGCUGAGCUGCUUUCUGGAAACAAGCAGACAAACAUCAUCACUUUGAAACAACACGUCUCUGGACGUCUGGUCUGUUCUGUUUGGAACCACGUCAGUUCUGUUUCUAAUGAGACAAACAUCUGUACCUGUGGUUUCAUUUAUAUAAACUGCACAUUUAAUGGGACAAAGAUAUCAAAGUGGGUGUUCAAGGAAAAUAACACUCUGUGUGUUGAACCAACAACAGUCUCACCAACAGAGACACAUUUUACUGAGGAUUGGUCCAUGCUGAGAUGCAGUCUGAUGUUUCUGUUCUCUGUUGUUUCGUUUGUUGGAAUCUGCGUCUAUUUCAAGUGGAAGAAGAUCAAAUCUGAGAAAGAUGAACAAUCUGCUGAAAGAUACAGAACACAGGUUUUAGAGGAUUCCUCUGAAAAUGAACAAGCUCUGUAUAUUAAUGAUUAACUAAAAUCAUAAUAAGAUUGAUGAAAAAUAGCUUUUAAGCUAACUCUGGCACAUUGGCAGGAAUGCUUUUUAAUGUGCAAUGUCCCUGUCAAAUAAAUGAAUUUAAAAGGAAAAGUUGAAUUUGUAUGGAUCCGAUAAAUAAAAACAAAUUGUCCUCCUUUUAAACUUUUGAAACAGUUUUUAGGAUCCUUCUGUGAAAUAUAAGAGAAGCCUCAUAAGCUUUAUUUUCUUCAUCGCUAUAAAAUGUUUUUAUGUAAAUAUAAGUAUAAAGUUUGACCUUUUUUUCUUUCAUAAAUAAAGCUUGAUUGUUCUUUAAUCAAAGAAAACCUGUUACAGAAUUGUUCUGAAAUAAUGUUUCCACAUCAUUGUUCUGACUCUCUAAGAAUAUUUUUCUACCAAAACUUGUGUUAAUCAGUUUCUGUCAAGAAUGCAUUUUUUUUAAUUCAGAAGGAUCUUUUUUUGUCAUUUUUAUGCAGAUUAUCCUUUGUAAAGAUAUAUAUUUUUUUCUUCACUUGUUUUAUUUGUCUUCAUCUUGUAAAUAAAAAUGAUAUCAAGAUAACUGAACAAUAGAACAAACCCUGUUUUCUUUAAUGCACAUCUAUGACUAGACUAAAGCUUGAUUAAUAUAAGUGGCCCUUAAAAUGUAACAAUAAAAUAAUAACAGAAAAUAAAACGUCUACAUGUUUUUGUUAAUACAGUUGACAAAGUGCUGUUUUUUUACGCACAUUUAGUGUCUAGUCAGUAAAAGUUUCUUGUCAUUAA